GCUUCGCUCCAUAAAUCUCGCUCUCAGUCUCUCCAUUGGCCUCUCAUUUCUGUAGAAACCAAUAUGAGUUGAAUCCAGAACGAGUGGAAAUGGAAGCUGCGCUUAUCGGAUUCCCCCUAAAACCCUCCCUUCUUAAUCCCUUCCCUCGUGGCUUCACUUCUUCCCCGCCUGGACGACGUGACCUCCGCAAACUCGCUGCUGUCGCACCGAAAAAUUCGAUCUUGGUCCCAAAAGACCACCUUGAUGAUGGAGUCGGUCAAGAAAACGAGAAGGAAGAGCUUUCGCGGGAAUCCUACAACGCUUUGAUCCAAUCCCACUGCGCAAAGGGCCGCCUUGACCGGUCUUUGCACCUCUUGAGCCGGAUGGAGGCGGCGGGGAUGCGCCCAAGCACGGCGUGCUACGCCCGCCUCGUCUACGCGUUGGGACUCACCGGGAGGACGCUCGAGGCUGACGCCGUCUUCCGAGAGAUGAAGUGGUCCGGCCAUCGGCUGACCUCGAGGGAGUACAACUCACUCCUCGGCGGGUUCUUGAGGAAAGGGCAGCUCUUGAUGGCUGAUCGCUUGCUGGUCGAGAUGGGCAAGGAGGGCAUCGAUCGGAAUCGAGAGACUUACUUGCUCCUCCUGGAUUCGUACGUCCAUUCCGGGCGGUUAGAGGACACCUGGUGGGUUCUUGGAGAGAUGAAGGAGAAGGGUUUUUGGUUGGAUUCUUUCGUUUAUAGCAAAAUCAUAAGGCUUUACAGGGACAAUGGCAUGUGGAAGAAGGCUAUGAGCCUUGUGGUGGAGAUGCAUGAGCUAGGGAUUGAACCUGACGUGAGGAUGUACAAUGGUAUGAUUGAUACAUUUGGGAAGUAUGGUCAGUUGGAUGAAGCAGUUAAGAUAUUUGAGAAAAUGCAGAGUACAGGCUUGAAACCGGACAUCAUGACUUGGAAUGCACUGAUUCGGUGGCAUUGCAAGGCUGGAGAUCUGAAACACGCUCUUGGAUUCUUUGCAAAAAUGCAGGAAGCAGGAUUGUACCCUGAUCCUAAGAUCUUUGUUAAUAUCAUUGAUCAGUUAGGAGAGCGGGGAAGAUGGGAUGAGAUGAAGAAAUUGUUCGAGGGUAUGAAAUAUAGAGGUCUAAGAGAAAGUGGCAUCAUAUAUUCAAUUUUAGUGGAUAUAUAUGGUCAGUAUGGUACGUUCCACAAUGCUGAGGAGUGUGUGGCUGCACUUAAAGCCGAAGGUAUGCAGGUUUCAGCGAGCAUAUACUGUGUAUUGGCAAAUGCAUAUGCUCAGCAGGGGCUGUGUGAACAAACUUUGAGGGUGCUUCAGCUAAUGGAAGCAGAUGGCAUUGAACCAAACCUUAUAAUGUUAAAUCUGUUGAUGAAUGCAUUUGGUAUUGCCGGAAGGCACCUUGAGGCAAUGGCAGUUUUUGAACAUAUCAAGGAAAGUGGCAUCAGUCCAGAUGUGGUUACUUAUUGUACUUUAAUGAAAGCAUUCAUGAGGGGUAAAAAAUAUGAACAGGUUCCAAUAAUAUAUAAAGAGAUGGAACAUGCCGGCUGCACACCUGAUAGAAAAGCUAGAGAGAUGUUGCAUAAUGCCUCAAUUAUAUGUGAACAGAGAGGUGGUUUUAGUACAAAUUCAAAAACCUUUCUACGAUCUGGAAACCAGUGACUUCACAAACGAGAUAAAAAUGGGGCCAGAGAAGCAUCUUUCAAGUGAUUUUGUUGCCAAAUCUGUUUUUGGUAUUGCACUGAGAUCAAAAAAUUACCUGGUGUGGUUAACUGCUCAUUCAGAGCUAGGGUUGUCUUCCAUCUGACAAUGAAUCCUUGGCUUCAUUCACUAACGAUGAGUAGCAUUUCAACUCAUGGGAAUCAAAAGACAUCAAAGUCAUGCAUGGCACAAUGCAAUGUGUGGCAAAGAGGAAUACCAUGCACUUAUCGCUGUCAGAAAUCACCUACAAAUGGCAGCUUCACAGAAUCAUAUCAACAGCAUCAGACAAUAAGACCUUCAAAGGUGACUUUGGGAUCUAGAAAUUUCGGAGAUUGAAUCUUUAUUUUCUGGUAGGUUCUUUCUUUUUACGUUUCUUACUUUACUACUGGAGGAGGAAAGGAGAAGAUCUACCUGGGAAUUCAUUGGGAGAAAGAUCAGCACAGAAGCCCUGAAUGCAAUGCCUCUAUAUACGCUAUAGGAGGUUCAGUGUUCAGUAACUUCAGUUUCCUCUAAUAUCUUACCUUCAGUAGUUCAACAAUGACAGUUUCUAUCUAUCAACAUCUUGUCAACGAUAUUUGGAGGAACUUGGGGUUUUGACACUGAGAAUUGGAGGGGGUAAACCAUUGGUGGUAAUGCAUAAUUGGACAUCAGUUUCUCUUACCUUCGUCUCCACCAGGAGAUCCUAAACUUUCUCCAUCUAACCUUGAGCUGCUAAACUACUACAAGUAUUGAUUGUUUUGACAGAAAAAAGCCAUUAUGCGAUACCAUCAUGUACAAAACCAAAUACUCAUUUACAACCUCCAUUAGUUUGUGCUAUCUACUUUGAUUUUAUCAGUCAAGCUGGUUUUCCAAGUGAGGAUCUGAAUUAUCCAAGCAACCACAGCCUAGCCAAAAGUUGUUUAGUUCUGUCAUGAGAAACAUCAUACAUGUGUGUCAUGUGAGAGAGAAUGUAAAGAACUAGUUAUGCAAUGCUUUGAAGUAUAUGUCCAGCCAAAGUUUAAUAUAUGACUGUCUGUAAUGUGCCACAAGUACUAUGAGAUGAAGAAUGUUAGGCCAAUUGAUUUUUCUA